GGUGACGUCAGCUUUAGCAAUUAGCAUACAUUUCGUAAUUGAUUGCUAGAAAUGUAUAAAUAAAGGCAAAUUCAUGAAAAAAUAGUACAUUAUAUGAUAAAAACUGUUUUAAUUCCUUUGUUAAACAUAUUUAAAAUAAAAUACUUCAUGAAAUCAUCCAAGAGGCUUUCCGAAACACGCCUCUACUUUGCUAAACCUUGAAUUGCUCUCGGCGUCAGUCGCUGUCUCCGAGUGGGUAAAAGGUGUGGUGGCGUAUUAUGGAAUUUGAAAGUUUGUCUUUGCCGAUAUAAAUAAGAGCCUGGUCGGUCCAUUCAAGACAACCAUUCAAAUGCAAUAAUGCCAGUAAGGGAAGAGGUGCAGCAUGCGGUGGCCGCGCUGGAUCGGGUCCGGGGCCAUCUGAAGGACCCUGAGGCCCCGUCGGCGGACCCCCAAAUCGGAGUCCAGCUGGCCAAGCUGUCGGCGUUCCUCGAGGACCCCAUGCUGGCCAGGAUGCUUACUAUACAGGAGUCGCUGUGUCGCCUGCGUGGCCAGCUGGCGGCUCACCCCUCUCUCCUGCCGGCCGACUUUGACAUCGUGCCGGACUCUGGCGAGCUGGUGGUUCAUCUCACUCCUCUGGCGUCGCGUCCCACACCUCCAGCAGCAGCGGCAGCGGCAGCUCCGGCACCAGCUCGGGGUCCCAGCCCCCGUCAGCCGGCGCCCCACCCUCCUCCCUCUGACGAGACGGAGCCGACCCCUGUGGUAACUGAGGAGCCUCAGACAGCGCCCGAGGAACAGGAGGAGGCAGCGAGGGAGAGCGAUGGGGAACAGAAGGAAGAGGAGAAGGAGGACGGACAGAAGUUGGAUGAUAGCGUGGAGUUGGAUGACAUCGAUCUGGAGGUAUCGGCUCAGACGCCCAUCAUGACCGGAACAUACGAGAGGGAACUGGAGAGGGCCAUCGCUGAGGUGGCCCGAGGCAGAGAGGUGGUCCAUAUCGAGCUCUGCAAGGAAGAUGGCGCUAGUUUGGGCUUCAGCGUGGCCGGCCUGGCGAGCGAGCAGAAUCAGGAGCUGGGGAUCUUCGUACAGGGCAUCCAGCCCGGAGGUACCGCGGACAGAGACGGCCGUCUUCAGGAGGGAGACCAGAUUCUGGCCAUUGACGGUCAGCCUCUGGACGCCAACGUGUCCCAUCCGCAGGCCAUCAGCAUCCUCCAGAAGGCCAGAGGUCUGGUGAACCUGGUGGUGGCCCGGUCGCCCCAGCCGACUGCCGAGGCCACCCUGCCCUCAGAGCUCCUCUCCAGCCUAAAGGCGGAGACGCAGCAGCAACCUCAGCCGCCGCCGCAGCCGCAGUCGCAGCAAGACAUGGUGCUGAACACAGAGUGGGCCCAGGUGGAGGUCAUUGACCUGGUCAACGACGGCACCGGCCUGGGCUUCGGCAUCAUCGGCGGCAGGUCGACGGGCGUGGUGGUCAAGACCAUCCUGCCCGGUGGCGUGGCCGAUCGGGAUGGUCGCCUACAGAGCGGUGAUCAUAUUCUACAGAUUGGCGAGCACAACCUGCGGGGAAUGGAGUCCGUACAGGUGGCGCAGGUGCUGCGGACAGCCGGUACCCAGGUGCGGCUGAUCGUGGCCCGGCCUAUGGAAACCAGCAGUCCAGAGUUCCAGAUGGCGAAUUCGAUGAUCACUCGGGCGCAGAUCGUGUCGACUCGUCUGCUGGCGGAUCCUGAACAGCUGGACCAUCAGCUGCAGAUCAUGCAGAACGGGUUUCCCGAGCCGUACACUCACGAUCUGUCGGCGGAGCACAACGACAUCGUCAACGGAAUGAUGAUGCCAGAGUACAACGGAGUCGGCUCGCUCAACCAGCCGCUGGGCCCGUCGCCGCCGUCGUCUCUCCACCUGCUCCCCGACACGGAGACCGCCGAGGUCGAGCUGAUUAAGGACGCCGCCGGGCUCGGCGUCACCAUCGCCGGGUACGUCUGCGAACGGGAGGAGCUGAGCGGCAUCUUCAUCAAGUCGGUGAACCCCGGCAGCGCGGCGGAUCUCAGUGGGAAGAUCGCCAUCAAUGAUCAGAUCAUUGAGGUGGACGGCACUCCACUACAGGGCUAUUCCAACCACGAGGCCGUUGAGCUCCUCAAAAACACGGGUCAGGUCGUGCGUCUGAAACUGGCCAGGUAUGUCUCUGGACCCAAGUACGACCAGCUCAAGCAGGCUAUCGCUCGGACUGAGAUGGCCUCACCGGGCGGGCCGGCGGCGGCGACGGCGGCGGCGGGGGCGGCGCCGCCCGAGCCGCCCGCCCGGCCCUCACUGCACGGCAGACAGCCGUCGUGGUCCCCGGAGGGUCCGUCGCUGCCGACCUCGCACGUACCGACCAGCCACAUCUCGCCUGAACACGACCGAUGGGACUCUGCCAAUAUGCAGUGGAUAGACGCCGAGACGAGUGCCGCCAGCGGUGUGUCGCCCACCCUGGAGACGGACUACAACACGCUCCCGGCCGACGACUACCGCGGCCCCGUGCCGCCCGAAAUCGAGGAGGUUAUCCAGAAACAGUGGAUCGGGCUGCUCGGUGACGGCUACGAUAUUGUGGUGGCCCAGAUCAGCAAGUUCCACCCGGGCGGCGGUCUCGGGGUCAGUCUGGAGGGCACCGUCGAUGUCGAGGACGGCAGAGAGGUGCGGCCCAGGCACUACAUCCGCUCCAUACUGGCCGACGGGCCGGUGGGGCUCAACGGACGACUGCAGAGCGGAGACGAGCUGCUCGAGGUGAACGGCCGUCCGCUGGUCAGUCUGAACCACAUGGAGGUGGUAUCCGUACUGAAGGAACUGCCCACAGACGUGCGGCUGGUCUGCGCCAGGGCCUGGCGGCCGCCUGGCAUGGAUAUCCUCAGCUCACACCUGGAACACAUGGCCGGCAGUGACCCCAUACUGGGCCGUCUGGGCGGAGUACCUGAAUCGGGCGGCUACUCCUCCGACCGUUUGCUCAAGGCCAAAUCGGACAGCUCCCUGACCUCCAGCGGCGCCUCGGUCUCCGUCACUGACACGAGCCAGUCGCGUCUGAGGUCGCGCAGCCUGGAGCCGCUCUCUGGACUGGCCAUGUGGGCCGCCGAGCCGACCAUUGUGACCCUGGAGAAGGGGGAGAGGGGACUGGGCUUCUCCAUUCUGGAUUAUCAGGACCCGAUGAACCCGAACGACACGGUGAUUGUGAUCCGCUCGCUGGUUCCGGGCGGCGCGGCGCAGCUCGACGGCCGCCUCAUCCCCGGCGACCGGCUGAUGGCCGUCAACGCCGUCCACCUGGAGAACGCCUCGCUGGACGAGGCCGUGCAGGCGCUCAAGGGCGCGCCGGCCGGCCCCGUGCGGCUGGCCGUGGCCAAGCCGCUGCCGCUAGCGGCCGACAGCGGAGGCAGCCAGGGCCUGACGUCUAGCGAAGAGUCCGAAUCUGAAGAGGAGUCUGAGGAGGAGGAAUCUUCCGAUAGCGACGGAUCUCAGCACAGACACCUGGCGGACACUCAGCUCGACUCGCAGCUGCCUCUGGGGUGCCGGGAGCGUCUGCUCCACUCCAACACCUCCCUGGCUACCUCCCCAUCGCCUCCGCCCUCUCGGCGACGGUCCAAGAAGGGUGGGGCGUCGGCUGGCUUUCGUGGGAGACGCUACAGUGGCGCCGCCAACCGGCAACAGGAGGAAACAACGCUGGACGAGACGGUGUCGAGUCCAGUUGAACCAGUAGAGAUGAAAGAUGAGGCGGUUUCUGCGGAGAGCAUCGACUAUGGAGGAAGUCUGGAGUCUGGUGAGACCCUGGAGAUUCACCUGCCUGAGGCGCCGGCGCCGGUUCCGGAAUCUCCCCGGAUCCCCGGAGAGAACUCUUCGGAGAAGACGGAGUGCCCUUCCACGUCUCCAGCCGAACCCGACGAUGAGCGAGUCCGACAUACGAAGCCCGAGGCGCGUCCGUCUGCGCCGACCACUGAGUCUACCGCCACACAAACCUUCGUGACGGGCAGGAUGCCUUCAGGUGUGACGAUGGACGCGACUUGUGCGACAUCGCGAGAGGAAGUAGAGCGUCAGCUUUUGGAGCGACAGCAGCAGCGUCUGUCCUCCGACAGGUCGUCCUCAACUUCUUCAUAUUCCUCGUCGUAUUCAGCCUCUGGGUCCUCUUCACGACAUUCCUCGGACAUCACUAGCUCAAAUGUGUCCUCGACGAGAGAACAGAACCAAGUGCCGGCUCAAGAUGGGGUGACAUCGGUGACAUAUGAUGACAGUGAUAGGAACUCGAACGUGGCCAAUGCCGUGGACGGCUCAUCACGACUAAAUGAAAGCAGUGAUUGCAUGAAUACCACGGGAGACUUGUUAGGUGAGGUGGAAGUGCAUGAAAACUGUGGAGAAGUUACGGAAGAAAGUGAUAAACAUGUGGAGAUGGCGCCUCAGUCCACCGGUGAUGACACAGGACCAGGCAGUGGUCAAACAGAACAGCAGCAACCCCACAGCAGCGUCCCCCGAGAUCCUCCAGAUGGACAACAGAGUCUGCCCGAGUCUGAGAUUAAAGAGGUUCCUGUCUCAUCGUUGCCAUUGGCUCAGUGAGGGCUUCAUCGUUCCGGCCUGUCAGUCGUCACGGGACCAGACAGGUGAAAUAACACGACCAAUCAAGAGGCCUCUGUCGAAGGUAUACAAAUACCUGCCGAGUCUACUAAAGGCCAUUCAGAGCAGUUAUCCAGACACUUGACCCAGCGGCUGCGUCCUCCGGAACGGCGCUGCAGUGGACAAUUGUACAAACUGUGUUUCAGGAUUUGCCCGACAGAUGGCAGUGAGACUAGUGAUGGACAGUGGGGCAUGCUCUCUCCUUUGAGCAGUCUGAUAACGCGAAGUGUACUCAACUAUGACCAGAUAUAUAGGAGUGCUGAAGUCAUUGUUAUGCUGAUGAAAACUUUGUGCAAUAAAUUUGCUAGAAAUUA